GUGCAGGGCCCCACCCCGCUCUCCUCUGGCUGGCCGGACGCGGUGGUGGCAGUAGGGGCGGCGGCGGCUGUAGGGGCGGUAGCAGCGGUGGCGGCGGCUGUGGCGGCGGGGGGGGAGGGGCCGGGCGGGGGGCUGGCGGCAGCGGCGAAUGGACUCGCGGGUAUCGGAGCUGUUCGGCGGCUGCUGCCGGCCCGGAGGGGGCCCGGCCGUGGGCGGAACCCUUAAGGCUAGGGGGGCCGGCGGCAGCAGCGGCUGCGGGGGCCCAAAGGGGAAAAAGAAGAACGGAAGGAACAGAGGGGGCAAAGCCAACAACCCUCCGUACCUGCCCCCCGAGGCUGAAGAUGGAAACAUCGAAUAUAAACUGAAGCUGGUGAAUCCAUCCCAAUACCGCUUUGAGCACCUGGUGACACAGAUGAAGUGGCGGCUCCAGGAGGGCCGUGGAGAGGCCGUCUACCAGAUUGGGGUAGAGGACAAUGGGCUGCUGGUGGGGCUGGCUGAGGAGGAGAUGCGGGCGUCCCUCAAGACCCUGCACCGGAUGGCAGAGAAGGUUGGGGCAGAUAUCACAAUUCUCCGGGAGCGAGAAGUGGAUUAUGACAGCGACAUGCCCCGGAAAAUUACCGAAGUGCUGGUACGAAAGGUCCCUGACAACCAGCAGUUCCUAGACCUCCGUGUGGCCGUCCUGGGCAAUGUGGACUCAGGGAAGUCAACUCUGCUUGGAGUCCUGACCCAGGGAGAGCUGGACAAUGGGCGGGGCCGGGCUCGGCUCAACCUUUUCCGUCACCUGCAUGAGAUUCAGUCUGGCCGAACCUCCAGCAUCAGCUUCGAGAUCCUGGGCUUUAACAGCAAGGGAGAGGUGGUGAAUUACAGUGACUCACGGACGGCAGAAGAGAUCUGUGAAAGCAGCUCCAAGAUGAUCACCUUCAUCGACCUGGCAGGCCACCACAAGUACCUGCACACCACCAUCUUCGGCCUCACCUCCUACUGUCCCGACUGUGCCCUGCUCCUCGUCAGUGCUAACACUGGGAUUGCCGGCACCACGAGGGAGCAUCUGGGGCUGGCCCUGGCCCUGAAAGUGCCCUUCUUCAUCGUGGUCAGCAAGGUGGACCUGUGUGCCAAGACCACAGUGGAGAGGACAGUACGCCAGCUGGAGCGGGUCCUCAAACAGCCUGGCUGCCACAAGGUUCCCAUGCUGGUCACCUCUGAGGAUGACGCUGUCACUGCGGCUCAGCAGUUUGCCCAGUCACCCAAUAUCACUCCUAUCUUCACACUGUCCAGUGUGUCUGGAGAGAGUCUGGACCUGCUUAAAGUCUUUCUGAAUAUCUUGCCACCACUCACCAAUAGCAAAGAGCAGGAAGAGCUCAUGCAGCAGCUGACGGAGUUCCAGGUGGACGAAAUUUACACAGUACCAGAGGUGGGGACAGUUGUUGGAGGGACACUUUCCAGCGGGAUUUGCCGUGAGGGGGACCAGCUGGUGGUGGGCCCCACGGACGAUGGCCGCUUCCUGGAGCUGCGGGUGUGCAGCAUCCAGAGGAACCGCUCUGCCUGCCGCGUGCUGCGAGCUGGUCAGGCUGCUACGCUGGCCCUCGGGGACUUUGACCGCGCACUUCUUCGAAAGGGCAUGGUGAUGGUGAGCCCCGAGAUGAAUCCCACCAUCUGCUCAGUGUUCGAGGCAGAGAUAGUCCUGCUGUUCCAUGCCACCACGUUCCGGCGAGGCUUCCAGGUGACGGUACAUGUGGGCAAUGUACGUCAGACAGCAGUGGUGGAGAAGAUCCAUGCCAAGGACAAGCUGCGGACAGGGGAGAAGGCAGUGGUACGUUUCCGCUUCCUGAAACACCCAGAGUACCUGAAGGUGGGCGCCAAGCUGCUGUUCCGGGAGGGUGUCACCAAGGGCAUCGGCCAUGUCACUGAUGUACAAGCCAUUGCAGCAGGAGAGGCCCAGGCCAACAUGGGCUUCUGAAGUCCUCCACGCAGGCACAGCUCCACUGCUGUCCCUACAAUAUAUAAGGUGACAUCUGCCACGCUGCCCGCUGUUGGCGGCUCUGUGUGUUAAUAGGAGAGGGAGAGACCGGUACUCUGCCCCAUGCUCCCUGCCACCUUUCUGGAGAGGUGCCAAGUUCGGUGUGGCCAGGGAGGGGCAGUCCUGAGGGAGAAGACAGGAGAAUUCAGGGCAGUGCUCAUCAGCUGUGUGUCCAUCUGGUUGGCUCAUCGACCCUGGCAACCCCGUGGCCUGUCUACUGGAGGGAACUGACCAGCGCCACCUUGACCCCACUGUCUAGACUGGGCAUGAUUCGCCGGUGCGGUCCCUCCACUUCAGGAAUUGUCACAACACCUGGGGGUGGUCCUCGAGAACACACCUUUUUCUAUACCUCUUCUCAAGGCCAUGUAAGUUGCCCAUCUCUACUUGACUGUGGAUGAAAGACAUUUGCUCCUGGCCAUCUGGUGGCCUGGGGUCUGAAGAAAUGGCAUAGGGACAGUGCUCCCACGUUGUGCUGAGACAUGAGGUCUGUUCCUCAGCUUUGUCUUCUUUCCCUUCUUCACUCAAGGGCCAUUUCCCAUUUCUCUGCUUCAUAGGCCCCACAGGUGCUAUUUGUCAUGCUGACCCAGGCGUGGGGCUGCCAAGCUCAGGUUUGGCGUACCGAAGGUCAGCUGCAUGUCAAUCAGUCUUGUCCCCUCCUCUGCAGUGAUUUGUUGGUUUUGAUGUUGAAUCAGUGUUUUACUUUCCCACA